AUGGUAAGCUCUAAUUGUUCCACUGAGGACUCCUUUAAAUAUACUUUGUAUGGGUGUAUCUUUAGCAUGGUGUUUGUUCUCGGCCUCAUAGCGAACUGUGUAGCAAUCUACAUUUUCACUUGUACUUUAAAAGUGCGAAACGAGACUACAACUUACAUGCUUAAUUUGGCCAUAUCAGAUCUGCUUUUCGUGUUUACGUUACCCUUCAGGAUUUAUUACUUUGUAACCAGAAACUGGCCAUUUGGAGACAUUCUCUGCAAGAUUUCCGUCACCCUCUUUUACACAAACAUGUACGGGAGCAUUUUGUUCCUGACUUGCAUCAGCGUGGAUCGCUUUUUAGCUAUAGUGCACCCCUUCCGCUCCAAGACCCUCCGCACCAAAAGGAACGCAAAGAUCGUGUGUGCUGCGGUAUGGAUCACCGUGCUAGCAGGCAGCACACCCGCAAGCUUCUUCCAGUCCACAAACCGCCGCAACAACACCGAGCAAAGGACCUGCUUUGAAAACUUUUCAGAGGACACGUGGAAAACCUACCUAUCCCGGAUUGUUAUCUUCAUUGAAACCGUCGGGUUUUUUAUCCCGCUCAUCCUGAACGUGACCUGCUCCACCAUGGUCCUACGGACGUUGAAUAAACCGCUUACGUUAAGCCGGAAUAAAGUAAGCAAGAAAAAGGUACUGAAAAUGAUAUUUGUUCAUUUGGUGAUAUUCUGCUUCUGCUUUGUGCCUUACAACGUCACCUUAAUACUUUACUCCCUUAUGAGAACACAGACCUGGGUCAAUUGCUCGGUGGUGACGGCAGUCAGGACUAUGUACCCCAUCACUCUGUGCAUCGCUGUUUCAAACUGCUGUUUUGACCCCAUAGUCUAUUACUUCACAUCAGAUACCAUUCAAAAUUCCAUAAAAAAGAACCGGUCCACCAGGCCACGGGAUGUCAGAUUCUCUGAAAGGCCAGUUUCAGAAAGCUUCAUUCAACACAGCCUUCAGACCAUAAAAAUGAAAAUAUUUGACAGUGACUCUACAAUAUAAACUAUAUUAAAAGACUAUUGGGACUAAACUGGAAUUAGAAGCCUGCACAUUUCUCCAGCUGUGGACAUAUAUUCUUAUGUGUAAAGGUGCUUCCUUCACAUCUGAAAAGUUUAUUACAAGGCUGUAAAAGCAUUAAGCAUAAUAACACACAGAAAAAGUAUUUAAAAAAUCUAUGUCAAAGGUCUGUUCUGAGAGAUUGUAUGUCAGAAUGAACUUUUGGGUUUAGAGGCUAAUCAAAGUCCAAAGACUGCUUGUCAAGUCAAACACAGUAGAUUGUUUUUCCUUCCUGAAGUUAAAACAGUUGCUCAAUUCAAUAAUGGUAUCAGUUUCUGAGUUACUGAGGAGGGGGGUGAAGCUACCUGCAGGAAAAUUGCCCCAUACAGUCAUUUCAGCUACUGCGUCUUCUCCAGUUUCCUCCUGUCUCUCUUACUCCUCCCCCUUUCCCUGCACCUUCCUUCUUAGGGACCAUUAUCUUCACAGGAGGCUUCAAUCAGAGGGUUACAAGAACUUUGUUUCUCCCAGGUUUAUCUGAUAAAAAUACAUGCUCUCUCCACAAGCCUGGCCCCCAUAAAGCAAUUAAGUCUCCUGGUAGUUCAGAGCACUUGGAAAUGUCUCAGACAAACUGGUUUUUCUUCUCACCUCUCUCUCAGAACCCUGUGUGUUUAAAACAAAAUAACUUGUGAUGACUGAAGUUAAUGCUUUAGGUACAGUACCACUCUAUUAAAGUCUUGUGAGGAGUUCUUAAACUCAGUAUGACUUUUGAAAAAAAUAACAUCCUCUGAGUAAGUUUAUUUGAUCUCAAAGUACAGUUUCUUAGAAAAACAAGACCUUUUCUGACUAGAAAUAAACAUGUGCAUCAAGUCGAUUAUUUCUUCCAGGAAACUAUUUAGUGUCCCAUAAAGAAAUUCAAGAUGCAUUCAUUUUGGAGUGCAACUUCCUCUCAAUUUUUGCACCCUAGAAAUAAUUUUAACAUGAGCAUUUAAAACUUCAAAUGCUACUUUCUUUCAAACUUUAAAAAGUAUAAAAAUAAAGUACUUGGGUCUACUGGCAGAAUUAAUCAAGACGCUUUGAAAAGUCAGUACCGUGUAAAAGGAGGAAUCUACAUAUAUUACUGUUACAAACAGGAAUACAUAGAUGAAACUGCUUUAAAACAUCCUGUUAUAUAUGUUUCCCAGCUACUAGAACACUGUGUACAUUUUCCUCAGAAUUAAUUUAAUAUCACUGUAAAAUAAAAUAAAAUUUAGAAAGUAAA